AUGGAGUGGAAGACGCCAAACGAGAGCAAUAUUUUUCACAUCGCCGCUGAAUUCAAGCAAAUAGAAUUCUUCAAAAAAGUCCCACUGGACGAGCAAUCAUUUCAGCUCUUUUGGGCCGUCAACAAGAAGGGUGACACUCCACUGCACGUUGCUGCCAGAGCCGGUUGCAAUGAAAUAGUUAGGUUGCUGAUUGAUCAGCCGAAAACGCUGCACAAUGGAAGAGCUGAUCAAGAAAGAGGACAAAGUGAUGGUGAAGCUCAAAAGGAGUUGCUUCAAAUGACUAAUAAGAAUCAAGAUACGGCUCUGCAUGUUGCUACUCGAUAUCGUCACUUCGAAGUUGUCAAGCUGUUAGUGGAGGCCAAUCCUCAACUAUGUGGACUAACUAACAACUCCAACGAAUCCCCGUUGUUCGUCGCUAUUCGUCAGGACUUUCUAGUGGCAGCUGAUGUUUUCAUCAAAAGUUCAGUACCUCCGUCUUUUGAAGGGAUCAAUGGUGUGACAGCUCUGCAUGCCGCCGUUAAUCUUACUGAUAAAGAAGCUGAAGUAAUCGUGAAGGAUCUGGUGGGUAAGUAUCCUGAGACAAUCACAAAAACUGAUCAACUUGGGUGGACACCUUUACAUUAUGCUGCAUUAAGUGGGAACGUUGAAGCUAGUCGAGUGCUGGUGCAAGGUAGUACUUCUGUUACUUAUAUGUUAGACAGAUCUGGAAUGUCCGCUCUCCAUGUUGCGGCCUAUGCAGGCCAAACCAAAGUAAUGGAAGAGUUUAUUCGACGUCGACCUGAUUCUUGUCACUUGGUCAAUCAUAAAGGGCAAACCAUUCUUCAUACUGCAGUCAUGGGAGGAGUGGAGGACAGAGAAGUUCUUGUUAGACUGGUAACAGAUGGGAAAAAGGAAAUCUAUAUACAAAAGUGA